AUGUUGUGCAGGCUGGUGCGACUCAGUUCAGGCAGCCGUCCUCACACUGUGGACUGGCAGCUCAAUCUUCGUGGUGGUGCUUGCCGCAAGCCAGAAGAGGGCUGGAGAAGAUACUUCACUCGGAAGCAGGCCAGCUUUGAUGCGAUUGCUCGAAACUGCACCCCAGAGAAUGAGGCCUACAAGAGAAGACUUGGAACUCCCUUUGAUCACAGCUUCGAUCGAAAUAUAGGUGCCAUAAAAUGUGCGACCAUUCGCGACGCGCCUUUGAGUUUUGAAAGGGCCAAAGGUUGUGAAGGAGCACAGGCUGGUCAGUGGCGGCACAUCUUCCAAGCAAAACCCGCCGCUACGCGGCCUCAGCUGAAGCACCUCACGAGCCUGCGCGAAAUGCCAGGUCAGCACCCUGGAAUGACCAUUUCCGACAAUCGCAGCGACACCUGUUGGGUUGAGAUGCUGGGCAAAAAACGCUGGGAGAAUUGCCAGCCAGAAAAUCCCUUGGAGCGGCAUCCUCGAGAAGGUGGUGAUGUGAAGUUGCACCACCUUUACUACUUGAAGGUCCGCCCUGAGCCAGACGAAGAGGCUCGCACGGUGCGCACCACCAAAACGCCUCGCCUUGCUCCCAAGGCCAAAGCCAAGGCAGGGCGUCGAAUUGGCACUGAAAAGAUCCGAAAAGAGGAUGAUGAUGAUGAUGAUGAUGACGACGAUGAUGAUGAUGACGACGAAGACGACGAUGAUGAUGAUGACGAUGAGGACGAUGAUGACGAUGAUGUGCGCGUCAUCCGUGAAGGCUUUGAGGUCUUCUUUAUUCGCACCAAGAGUGUUCUGAUGGUUCGGAUGUAUCCAUCGCGCUUCCCUCGUCGAGAUUUACCCGACGUUGCGUUGCUAUUUAGCGAUAGCCUGAACAAGGAGAUCUCAGAGCUAUCACCUGGCGACUGGGUCGAAUUCGAGGCAACAAUGACCCUACACGGGUACAGAGGUGAUCCAGAGCUGAUGACCCUUUGGCACAUCCAAAAAGUGGACCGGCCAAGCCCUUUGUCCAGUUCAGGACAUUCGCAAAGAGCUGUGGAGGACCAGCCCGAGCAGAAAAAGCAGAAGGACGCAAAGGAGCCGCCUGCUCCAAAGGUUGAGGAGCCUCAGAAAAUGGAGCAGCCCAUCCCAGAUGCACAACAGGAGGCCAGUGGAAGGCAGCAGGAUUCACAACCCAAAGAGCCAGAAGCUACGAAGGAGCUGAAGGAAGCUGCGGAAUCUCCGGCUGUCGAGGCACAACCAGGAGGAGAAUCUGCAAUGAUUGAUAAUUCUGCAAUUGCAGAAAAGCCAAUCACUGAACCCUAA